AUGGAAUCUCCUUCCGCGCCCCGCCACUACAGUUCUCGGGAGUCCCGCAAACAACUCCUCCAAUUACCACAUCAGGCGCACAUUGAACCUAGCCUUGCUCCCAUAUCACCAAUACUUCCCAUAGACCCAACAGAUACCUUUGGCCUCACAACAGCAUCCGCACCAAAGCAAAGCACGGCCGUGCAGAGGAUCCGUGGCUACUCUGACCCUAACGCCUAUGGCCCUCCAGGACAAGCUUAUGCCGCACCAGAUGAUGCUGACUACUUCCGCCGCUACGAGAAGCGCACCACUCAUCGAACCACACAUAGAACUCCCUACGUGGAAGACUACUCAGACGAGGAAGAGGACCCGCGUGCAGUAGUCCGCCGCCGCGCGAGCCGCCAGCACCGCAGGCCACCUGUUACGUUUGAACGCCACGGCCCUAUCCCAGGACGCCCAUCCCUCGACCCACGCCAAGCAUCCCGCUUCUCCGAGGACGAGUCCCACACCGGCGCAAAAGGGUACCAGCUCUACUACGACUCGGACCGGGAUACGCCACGCAAGCGACUGUACGCCGCUGCCGCCGCCGCCGCCGGUGGUAGCGGUGGCCGCAUGCCGCCCCGCAGCCCGCCCAGCACGACCGAAGUCAUGCGCCUCCCGUGGACCAUGUGGAUGAACUCGAACGCGAAGAACCACUUCGUCGCUUUCAUUGGCGAGUUCGUCGGGACGACCAUGUUCCUGUUCUUCGCGUUCGCAGGGACGCAGGUUGCCAACAUUGGCUCGAAUGCGGGCGCGGACGAGUCGAACACCACGACGGGUGAGGCGACGGGGUUCUCGCCCACGGUGCUGCUGUACAUUUCCAUCGUGUUUGGGUUCAGUCUGAUGGUCAAUGUAUGGAUUUUCUUCCGCAUCAGCGGUGGUCUUUUCAACCCUGCCGUUACGUUUGCGAUGCUGCUUUGUCGCGCGAUUUCGCCGAUUCGAGCGAGUUUGCUGCUGGUGGCGCAGGUUGCCGGAAGCAUUUUCAGUAGUUGGGUUGUCAGUGAAUUGUUUCCGACAACGUUCAAUGUCAGGACGACGCUGAGCUCGGGGACGAGCUUGGUUAGAGGUGUGUUCAUCGAGGCGGUGCUUACGGCUGAGUUGGUGUUUACGAUUUUCAUGCUGGCCAAGGAGAAGCAUAAGGCGACUUUCAUCGCCCCUGUUGGUAUUGGGCUGGCUCUGUUCAUUGCAGAACUGGUCGGUGUGUACUACACCGGUGGCUCGCUCAAUCCCGCACGCAGCUUCGGUCCUUGCGUCGUCACUGGUGUCUUCGACGUCGAGCACUGGAUCUACUGGGUCGGCCCUGGUGUGGGCGCCAUCAUCGCGGUGGUGUUCUACAAGUUCAUCAAGAUGCUGGAGUACGAGGUCGCCAACCCUGGACAGGAUGACGACGACAAAGACGAGGAAGUCAAGGAAAAGAGGGAGAAGAUUGGACUGGAGGGCAAUGGCAUGGAACGGGUGUGA